AUGUUAAAGUUUCGAAGUAUAUGUACCACAUUAAUUGGAGGAAAGAUAUAUAAUAUAAAUGGAAAAACUAUAAGAGAAGAAAAAUUAAUAUCUGAAGGAGCCUAUUCUUUUGUCUAUAUGGCGAAAGAUUUAAAUACAAAUAAAAUUUUUACUUUAAAAAAGACUAUAUGUCAAGAUAAAGAGAAAUUUGAAAUGGCAAAUAAAGAAAUAAAUAUUUUAAAAAGCUUACCACCUCAUAAAAAUAUUGUUCAAUAUUAUGGUUCAACAGUUGUUUCAGAAAAUAAUUAUAAAAUUGUAAUAAUGCUAAUGGAAUAUUGUGAAAGAGGUAAUCUAUUAAAUAUAUUUGAAAAAAAUAAAGAUAAAUUAAGAGAACAUCAUAUUGUUAAAAUAAUGAAAGAUAUAAUAACGGGACUGUGUUUUUUACAUACUCAAGAAAUACCAAUUAUACAUAGAGAUAUUAAAUUAGAAAAUAUUUUAUGUGAUAAAAAAGGAGUUUAUAAAAUUUGCGAUUUUGGUUCUCAUACAGUUUCAAAAUCCAUUUAUCCAAAUGAUUUAAUGAAAAAUUCGUUAUAUAUAUUAAAAGAAGAAAUAGAAAGAGAUACUACAUUAAUGUAUAGACCACCAGAACUAAUUGAUUUAUAUUCUAAUUUGGAAAUUUCUUGUAAAGUAGACAUGUGGAUGCUUGGAUGUAUUUUAUAUUUAUUACUUUUUAAAGUUCAUCCUUUUCAAAACAAUAGUUUUUUAUCAAUAUUAAAUGGUAGUUUCACAAUUCCAUAUAAUACAAAAUAUUCUAAAAGAAUUAUUUCUAUUUUACUUAUGACUUUAAAUAAAAAUCCAUUAAAAAGAAUUGAUUCAUCGACUCUCUUAUUUAUAUUAGAAAAUUAUGCAGAUUUAAAAAAGUGGUUCACACAUAUUCCUAGUGAUAUAAAGAAAAGAGUAAAUCAAAUUUUUGAUAAAAUGAAUGAACUUAAUUUAAAUAACAAACAAAAUAAUCUUAUAGAAAUUAAUAAUGAUAAAAUCAUUGAAAUAAAAACAACUCAAAAAUGUGAAACACAAAUACCAAAAAAUAAUAUAAACUUUUUAAAAUUUUUUAGUCAAAAUAAUUUAAAUAGUAACACACUAAAGAAAAAUAUGAAAACUAAUGUUUCUGAAAAUAAUCCAAUUCAAAAUAAAAAAAAUGAUAUUAUUGAAGAGAAAAAAGAAAAUGAUACUACUACUAAUAAUAUCAAAGAUAAUAAAGAUGUGUUAAUUUGUACAGAAAAUAAAAUAUUAGAAGAGAACACUGAAUCAAAAAUAGAAAAUAAAAAUGAAGAUCCUAAAAUAAAAAGUACAGAGAAAAUAAUAAGUCAAUCUGAUAAUAAUAUUAAUGAAUCUGGGGAAGACUUAAAUUUAUUAAAUCUUAGUAUAGAACCUAAUAAAACAAUGGGAAAUGAUGAUAACCAAAUUAUUUAUAAUGAUAAUGAACAUAUAUUAAAGGAUUUGAGUUUGAAUAAUGAAUUAAAUCUAUUUGAUUUUAAGAAUAGUAUUUUAAGCAAUGAAAAAAGUAGUUGUAACAAUUUUGAUAAUUUUUUUGAUCCAUGGAAUUAUGGGGAAAAUGAUGACUUAUCGAAAAUAUGUAAUUCUGCAAACAAGAAUAACGAUAAUGAUUUAUUUGAAAGUAAUAACAAUUUCCCUAUUAAUAAUGAUUUAUUUAAUAAAGAUGAAAACUAUUCUAGAAAUAGUGAUUUUUUUAAAGAUAAUAAAAAUGAAAUUUUUAAAGACACCUAUUUUUCUAUAAAUAAUUUAUCAAAUGAUACUGAGAAGUUAAAGGAUCAGAACUUCAUGAAUAUUCACAACACAUGUAAUAAUAUGUAUUAUUUUGAAGAAAUGAAUGAUCAUAAUUUUGAUAGUAUGCUUAAAACAAAAAUUGAAAUUAAUUCAGAAUUCAAUUCUAAAAACAACAUUUCAAAUAAUAGGAAAACAAAAAAUACUUCUCAACUAAUUACACCAGACAAAAAUGACAAAUUUUCAGAAUUACUUGAUGAAUUUCAAAAUUUAUCAGUUCAAUAA